AUGUCCUUGUUUGAGUCCAUAAAUAGUAGGUUUCAGGGCUCUUAUAAGUUCUGAAAGCCAGAAAAAAACAAAAAUAGCAGCAUAGUCUUCAAAAACAAAGUUUUUUAUAAAGCAAAACAAGGAGCUAUCAAGUCUUGUGAACUAAUUCUGAUCAAAAACUAUCUUAUAAAGGUUAUCCCUGAUUCAAUUAAUAAAAUAACUUUAUUAGAUUGGAAGAUAAUUGAGCCUUUUACAGAGGUUAACGGUGAUAAAGAAAGGUUUGGGUUUUCGGUUGGUCAUCGAGGAUGCUCUCGGGAUUUUUAUGUAGAAAAUGAAGAAAAAUUAAAUGAGUGACUAGACGUCCUGCUCCCAACCUGCAUUAUGACUGACUUCUCGAACGAUUUUUCCAUCGUAAAAGAGAUAGGAAGCGGCAGCUUUGGGGUUGUCUAUUUAGCUUUAAGCAAUAAUGACUCAAAGCCUUAUGCAGUUAAAGCUAUUAAUAAAAAUAACUUCAGCACCACCAGCAGUCUUAACAGCGUGGCUGAUGAAAUAAAAAUCAUGAGAAUGCUUGACCAUCCAAAUAUUGUAAAACUUCAUUACGUAUAUGAAGAUUCAUCCCUUAUCUACUUAGUCACAGAUUAUGUAGAAGGAGGCAACUUACAUUCAAGAAUGGUCAAAAAAAAAGUGUUCAAUGAGAGAACGGUUUCUCAUUUCGCUGAAAAAAUGCUUGGAGUUUUAGACUAUAUGAGCUCAUUAGAUAUAGUUCAUAGAGAUCUUAAGCUAGAAAAUAUUCUUAUGGUCUCCGAAGAAAAUGAUUAUGAUUUCAAAAUUAUUGACUUCGGCUUAGCAGCAGAAGUCACUGAAGGCUUACAUCUAAGGUGUGGAUCUCCUGGAUAUAUCGCUCCUGAGAUACUGAGGAAACACUACUAUGAUGCCAAAGCUGAUUUAUUUAGUUUAGGAGUCAUUUUAUACAUCUUAUUGAGUGGCAAAAUGCCAUUUAACGGUAAAAAUAUAAAUGAUGUCCUUAUAAAAAAUCGUGAAGGCAAAAUUUCUUUUCAACAUCCAGCUUGGAAAAAUGUCUCAAAAUACGCAUCAACACUUGUUUUAAGAUUAACAGAGCCAUUGCCAAGUAUUCGACCUACAGCUAGAGAAGCAUUACAAGACUCCUGACUGCACCAAGAAUUAAAUACAACGCUCCCUAAUAUUCAUCCUACCUCACAGCCAUCUGAAUCCCAUACUUCCCAUUCUGAAUAA